UGUCAAAACAAUAAAACAAAAAUUCUAUUCGUAACAAAGUCAACGAAGGGCCUCCUGACGUUCAUCGUUUGGAGGGGAUAAUUUCCGAGGAUCCCCUGAAGGCAUCAGCGCUGGUGUUGUUUGUUGUGCCUGAACGUGUCGAGGAUCUUUGUUGAACAGUUUGUUUUCUGGUCGAAGACACUUUCUGUUGAGUACAGUCACUAACAGGACACCUGCCAGGACGUGGCUCCGGAGUCAGUGGUGACUGUAGUUCACACGAGGGCACCAGCCCGUUGGUCUUUAAAAGCUGAAGCUAGUAGCUUAGCAUCUGCUAAAGAACAGGAAACAGGGCAGGCAGACAGAGGAGUCCCAGCAUCUACAACUGAAGCAGUCUUUCGGUGUAAGUUUGUCCAGACUCAAGGGUCUAUGACCUUCAGGCAUGACCUCUCGAAUAGAGUGCAUAUUUUUCAGUGAGUUUCAUCCCACGCUGGGCCCAAAGAUCACGUAUCAGGUCCCAGAGGAAUACAUUUCGCGGGAGCUCUUUGACACGGUUCAGGUUUAUAUCAUCACCAAGCCAGAACUGCAAAACAAAUUAAUAACAGUCACUGCCAUGGGAAAGAAGUUAAUCGGGUGUCCUGUGUGCAUCGAACACAAAAAGUAUAGUCGUAACGCCCUCCUGUUUAACCUCGGCCUUGUUUGUGACGCCCAGACCAACACGUGUGCCCUCGAGCCGAUAGUGAAGAAGCUGUCUGGAUACCUCACAACACUGGAGCUGGAGAGUGGCUUCAUUUCCACGGAGGAGAGCAAGCAGAAACUUUUACCCAUCAUGUCGACCUUGAUGGAAGAACUCAAUGCCACAGGAGCCUGCACCUUACCCAUCGACAAGUCAAAUACCAUCCACCUAAAAUUAAUCCAGCUGCGAAAGGAUCCCCCGAUUGUUCAGGAGUACGACGUUCCAGUUUUUACCCACUGUAAAGACUAUUUUAUCAAAUCUCAGUGGGAUCUCACCACUCAGCAGAUACUGCCCUAUAUCGAUGGAUUUAGACACAUCCAAAAGAUUUCAGCUGAAGCGGAUGUGGAGCUGAAUCUUGUUCGUAUUGCGGUGCAGAAUCUUAUGUAUUAUGGUGUUGUGACUUUGGUGUCCAUAUACCAGUACUCUAAUGUGUACUGCACCACCCCCAAAGUCCAGAGCCUCAUUGAUGACAAGUCCAUCCAGGAGGAGUGCCUCAACUAUGUGACCAAGCAGGGACAAAAGCGGGCCAGUCUGAGAGACGUGUUCCAGCUCUACUGUGGUCUGAGUCCAGGAACCACCGUCCGAGACCUUUGUUCUCGCUACUCGCAGCAGCUUCAAAGGGUUGAUGAGAGGAGGCUGAUCCAGUUUGGACUGAUGAAGUGCCUCAUUAGACGGCUGCAGAAAUAUCCAGUGAAGGUGAUCCGGGAUGAGAGGAGCCGGCCACCUCGACUCUUCACUGGUUGUCACAGUUAUGAUGAGAUAUGCUGCAAAACAGGGAUCAGUUACCAGGAGCUGGACGAACGUUUGGAAAACGAUCCAAACAUCGUGGUGUGCUGGAAGUGAUGCGAUAUGAACUGAAAAACAGAAAACAAACAGCUCUGUGGUGCAAAAGAUACAGAGAUGUCUCGACCAAAGAUGCCUUCGGUGAGGUGAAGAGUUUUCAUGGAAGAUUCAAGAAAAGUGAAAGUGAAAUAGUAUUUUUUAAACUUAACAUAGAGGUCAGUGAGGUGAGAGUGGUGUUGUAGGAAGUAAAAAAUAUGUGAAUAAUAAAAUUAAUUUUAACACGUUCA